AUGGUUAAGUCUUUCGCGCCGUUCGUGACGUCUGCGGCUCUCCUCCUGGCGGUUGCCACCUCGGCUUCCUUGCCGAACGGGUCGUGGCCAGCCAGCAAGGGCACCGUGCAGUACUCAAAGGCCUACGUCGUCAAGGCUGGCGAAGUCUUCGACGGCAAGAUGAAGACGUUCGAGCGCUCCGACGUGUCGUGCGAGGGCCAAUCCGAAAGCGGGGCGGACACGGCCGUGUUCAACGUCGAGACCGGCGGCCACCUCAAGAAUGUCAUCAUCGGCAAGAACCAAAUGGAGGGCGUGCACUGCGACAAGCACGACUGCAUUAUCGAGAACGUGUGGUGGGAUGACGUGUGCGAGGACGCCCUCAGUGUCAAGGGCGGAACGGCGUCCAGCGUGACCAAGGUCAUCGGUGGCGGGGCCCGGUACGCCGACGACAAGGUCAUCCAGCACAACGGCUUCGGUACGGUCGACAUCGACGGCUUCUACGGCGAGGACAUCAGCAAGCUCUACCGUUCGUGCGGCACUUGUGGCAACAGACCCAAGAAGGUGUCCGUGUCCAACACGUACGUCCUCAACCCGACCAACGCCAUCGUGACGGUCAACAAGAACUGGGGCGACCAGGCCACACUCCGCAACGUCUGGGUCAAGUCGAGCAAGCCCACCGUCAAGGUGUGCCAGUGGUCGCAGGGUAACGCCAACGGUGAGCCCAAGAUGCUGGGUCACGGUCCGUCUAACCCUCUGUGCAAGUACUCGGAGAGCGACACCGUCAAGAACACGACGGCUUCCGUCCCGGACGGCACGUGGCCGGCCAGCACGGGCAUCGUCCGCUACAAGAAGCCGUACACGAUCAAGGCCGGCGAGGUGUUCGAUGGCAAGAUGCAGAUCUUCGAGCGCUCGGACAUCACGUGCUCGGGUGGUGAGGGCCAGAAGGACACGGCCGUCUUCCUCGUGGAGGCUGGCGGCACUCUGAAGAACGCCAUCAUCGGCAAGAACCAGAAGGAGGGCGUGCACUGCGACUACCACGACUGCACCAUUGAGAACGUGUGGUGGGAUGACGUGUGCGAGGACGCGCUGAGCAUCAAGGGUGGCUCGGCGUCCAGCGUGACGACCGUGACCAACUGCGGCGCCCGCUACGCCGAGGACAAGGUGGUGCAGCACAACGGCUACGGCACCGUCAAGAUCAAGGGUUUCUUCGCGCAGGAGUUCGGCAAGCUCUACCGUUCGUGCGGCACGUGCGGCAACAUUCCCCGUAAGGUGACGGUGGAGAACGUGUUCGCCAUCGACCCACUCGUGAGCGUCGUCACUGUCAACAAGAACAACAACGACCAGGCCACGCUCAAGAACAUCUUCGUCAAGACGACGGACGGCAAGAAGAACGUCAAGGUGUGUCAGUGGUCGCAGGCCAGCAAGACGCCGUCGAACGUGGGCGACGGUCCGUCGGGCAAGCUUUGCCAGUACUCGACGAGUGAUGUGCACAUCAACGAGGAUUGA